AUGCCUCUCAUGCUAGCGCUGACACUGAUCGUCCUUCAAUGCCUUCAGACCACAGCAGCCUUGGCAGCACCGUCCAAGAACGGCAGAAAUGCAGACAACAGACGGAUGGGCGCGGAGCAAUGCAACAACACUGUGGACGGCGAAGGAUUGUAGCUUGUCGGUAAUGCCGCUAGUCCAUUCGGCUGCGUCGCUGAAGCUUCCGUGGGCACCAUUAUUGGUAUACAAUCCUCCUCUAGCAUUAAGGCGGACUGCAAAAUUCGAAUUCUGUUGAGGGAGGCUGAUAACAGUCCAGUCAUGGAUUCUCUCCCUUUUGUCUACGAACCAACUUCUGCCGAUAAAGAUGACGAGUCUGGACCAACGUGUCCGUCGGUGUACCUCAUACUGCAGUCUAAACUUGAUGUCUGUCGUCGUGAUCGCGCAGGCUGCUUGGGAUAUGAAUUGUGA